GUGUUUGUGUUUAUUUCCCUGUAGCUCCAUGUGGCGGCCAUCUAACAGCUCCUACUGGUGUCCUGCUGUCUCCUGGCUGGCCCUCCUUCUAUAAAGAUUCUUUGAACUGCCCAGUGGGUGAUUGAGGCACAGCCAGACCAUGCUGUGAAGAUACACUUUGACAGGUUCCAGACUGAGGUCAACUAUGACACACUGGAAAUCAGGGAUGGCCCCUCGUCCUCCUCUCCUCUCAUCGGCGAAUACCACGGCACCCAAGCACCUAAUUUCCUGAUUUCAACGUCCAACGUCAUGUACCUGUUGUUCACGACAGACAACAGCCGCUCGGCAGCAGGCUUCAGCUUCAGAUAUGAGAGUGUGAAAAUGGAGUCAGACUCUUGUCUUGAUCCUGGUAUCCCAGUCAAUGGUCGUCGCCAUGGCAGCAUCUUUUCCAUUGGUUCCCGUGUGUCGUUUGCAUGUGAUCUGGGAUACACACUGAGUGAUCAGGAGCCAAUUGUGUGUCAGCUGAAUCAUCAGUGGAGUCACUCUCUUCCCAGUUGUGAUGCUCUUUGUGGAGGUUAUGUCUAUGGUAAAACAGGAACAAUUCUGUCUCCUGGCUUUCCUGACUACUACCCCAAUUCUCUAAACUGCACAUGGACUAUAGAGGUGUCACAUGGGAAAGGAGUCCAUCUGGUUUUCCACACGUUUCAUCUAGAGGAGAACCACGACUACCUUUCUAUCACUGAGGACACCAAUUUCCUUGUUCCAGUGGCUCGACUCACCGGCUCAGUGCUGCCCCCUAGCGUCAAAGCAGGGCUCUACGGGAACUUCAGCGCUCAGCUACGAUUCAUAUCGGAUUUUUCAAUGAGUUAUGAAGGCUUUAAUAUCACUUUCUCAGAGUAUGACUUAGAGCCAUGUGAGGAUCCCGGUGUACCGGCAUACAGCAGGAGGACGGGAUUCAGAUUUCGAGUUGGCGAUUCUCUGGCCUUCAGUUGUUUUAAUGGCUACCGACUUGAGGGAGACACCAAGAUCACAUGUCUAGGAGGGGGCAGGCGAGUGUGGAGCAACAUAUUACCGCGAUGUAUAGCGGAGUGUGGAGCCUCCUCACUGGGACCCGAAGGUGUUCUGCUCUCUCCCAACUUCCCCUCUAACUACGAUAACAACCACGAGUGCAUCUACCGCAUCACGACUGAAAAGGGCAAAGGAGUCAGACUAAAAGCUGACAGCUUCUUAUUGGAAGAUGGAGACUAUCUUAAGGUGUAUGAUGGGGAGAACACGACAUCCCGUCUACUUGGAAACUUUACACAUGAUGGCAUAAUGGGUCUUGUCAUCAAUAGCACGUCCAAUCGUUUGUGGCUGGAGUUCAACAGCAACGCCUCUGGGACCAAUCAGGGCUACCGCCUCACAUACACAA